AGUAUCUUGUUAUUUUUCUAGUGGAAAAGAAUUUAUAAAAAGGCUUUAAAUGCAUGUAAAUAAUAAAUUUCACAAUCAAAAUGGCACAGAACGAGUUUUUUGCGCCAAUCAACCAGUCACCUUUUGGGGAUGUUGUUUUUAAUUGUGUGGGGUUGCCAACAGUUUUGGAUUCGCACCAAGGUAGUUGGAAAACAUUCGGUGAUCAAAAGGAACUAUGCACAAUUGCAUUAUUAUCUCCCCCAAAUAUAAUUCUAAAGCAUGCAGAUGGAAGGUUCUUGGGUGAAAUAAAGUUAUCCGCUUCAAUGCAAUUCCAUCAGCAAUCAGUAGAUAGCAUUAUUAUUCAAACAAAUCAACGAGUGUAUGGUAUACGACUUGCGAAUAGCAGAGAUUCCCAGAUAUUUAUAAACACACUAUCGCAACUUCAUGAAGUACUUAAGAGAAGUGGUGAAUCAUCUAACAUGCAAACAAAAUCAACAUAUGCAUAUCAGCAAUUAAACCAGUCUAACUCUCCCCACCAUAUUCAAUAUGGCAUACCUCAAAAUGAUAGUCCUCCUAUGAUGUCCCCUAUUCAGCAAAUUAAGCCACAAAUGCCACAACAACAAUCUGUGAAACCCAAACAAAUGCCAUCUGCUCUACCAACAGCACAACCUACACUACAACCGCAAUGGCAACAGUUACAACAGCAACUGCAACAACUGCCACAACAACAACAGCAACAAAAAACACAGCUACAACAGCAGCAAUUUAAUUUGCAGAUGCAAAUUCAGCAUCAGUUACAACAACAACAACAACAACAGCAGUAUUAUCAGCAACAACAAUCACCUUCACACCCUUACACAGGCUUUUCACCACAACAUUCGCCCAUAGAUCAAUAUAACAACAUGAUUGGAAAACAACCUAAAAAUCUGUUGACGAUGUUUAAUCAAGAUCCAUUUCCGCCAGCUGGUGAAACUUCACCAAAUGUAAUGUAUCAAAAUUUUAUCACUGAUGAGUUAAAAAGUGGAAAAGAUUUGGAAGGUGAUAUUAAUGUUUUUAAAACUUACAACUCACAAUCUCCCCCUCCAUCAGAAGAAGAACUAGCAUGCGAUGUUCUAUCAGAGGCCAUAGAAAGAGGGAAUAUCGAAAAGGCAAAAGAAAUAUCAUCUCAACUUGCAAAAAAAAAUUGUAAAUUGACUGUCCAAUUGCUCAAUUAUGAAACUAUAGAAAAACAAAAGGAUUUUCAUAUUAUCGUUUACGUGGAGGAUAAAGUUGAUCCUGGUGGUGCACCUAUUCCAGUAUGCAUUGACCCUCAAAUAACCGUGGGGAUGCUUAAAUAUAAGGUUGCAAAAGAAUAUGAUUUUCCUGUUGCAAUACAACGUUGGAUUAUAAACGAUAGGCUUUUAAAGGAUAAUGAAACACUGGUUAAGUGCGGUGUCAAAACACCAGGGACAGUCAUAUAUUUAUACUUACUAUCCAUGGAAGAUGAUCAAAAACGAAAGGAUGUGCAAACUCAAACGAAACCUUCAAUAAAUGGUGAAGCAAUGAGACAACAAACAAUGCAAUAUAAUAUAAAUAACAUGUCAGGGAAUAUUUCACCAUUCUCGCCUUUUGGAGGAAAUCCAAACUGGUCACCAUAUGGGCAGAAUAUGCCUCAGCUUGGACAAUUUGGAUUACAACCUCAAAUUCCUCAAGUGCUACCUCAAAAUUAUCAAAUCUUCACACCACCAUCAAUGGGUGUAAUACCCCCCUUAAAAAUUGUGAAGUCAAAAGACCCCUUAGUAAGAAAAGAAGGUUGGGAGUGCCCUAAGUGUACCUUUAAAAACCCUCCAACAUUUCCUGGCUGCAAAAUGUGCUCAAGUAAUCGUCCCGAUGACUAUAAAGUACCUGAUAACUAUCAACUUGAUCCAGAAGAACAAGAACGACUGAAAACGGAACAAAUGUUAGAGAAGCUAACACUGCAGGCGGAAUUCAACCGUAAAGCCGAAGAGGUCAAAAUGGCGCAACGAAACUACCUUCAAACUAUGGAGCAUGUGCAACAAAAAAUCCUUCCAAAUCCAACUCCCUUCGAUUGCCCUAUUUGUUUUACAAAUUUCGGAAAAGGUGAAGCCGUGAUGCUGCGGGAAUGUCUGCAUUGCUUUUGCAGGGACUGUUUAGCGGAAACAAUAAAAGCUUCAGAAGAUCCUGAAGUACGUUGUCCUCAUAACGAUGGUUUUCCUUGCCCUGCUAUCAUCACUGGUCAAGAAAUCGAGCAGUUACUUUCGCGCGAAGACUUUGCCAAGUUUUUGGAUCGUAGUUUAGCGGCCGCUGAGCAUGGUACAGAAAACAGCUUUCACUGCCGAACACCUAACUGUAAAGGUUGGUGUAUCUACGAAGACGAAGUCAACUCUUUUUUAUGUCCUGUAUGCGAGAAACAGAACUGUCUGACGUGCAAGGCUAUCCAUCCAGACAAAACGUGCAAGCAAUAUCAAGAUGAGUUGAGAAUUAGAGCAGAAAAUGAUGAGGCUGCUAAGAAAACACAACAAAUGUUAGAGGAGCUUGUAACGCGAGGAGAUGCGAUGAACUGUCCGAAAUGUAAAAUUAUCUUGCAAAAGAAAAGCGGUUGUGAUUGGAUGAGAUGUACGAUGUGUAGAACGGAAAUCUGUUGGGCUACCAAAGGACCAAGAUGGGGACCAAACGGUCCUGGUGAUACCAGCGGCGGGUGUAAGUGUAAAUUCAAUGGCAAGAGGUGCACGCCCACUUGUGGAAAUUGUCACUAGAAAUCUUUGAAGUCACGUGCCAAUGUUGUCACUUUCGCACUCUCGACAGUGUUCCUGCGAAACUGAAGAAAACAACGAAGUAACGAAUUACAAUUUAGAUCUAGACGCUCUUUGUUAUGACCGAUACAUCAGAUCCUGACCUUCUCUGCGCGUAAUUUUUGUUGUAAGUAAAGUAAAUAAUAAGCAGUGGCUUAGGAUUUAUGAGGCAUUGAUAUUGCGGAAAAGGCAUUUCCUUGAGUUAUGUCUUGUUGAAAUAUAAGUUGUGUUUUUUUAUCGUAUUUGCAAUUCUCUGUUCCCUUUUAAUAUAUCGUGGUAGACAAAGAUCUCUCUAGAACAGGAAAAAUAUUAUCAAGGAUAUAUUUGUAAAAUGCUUUGAAGAAGUUGAUAACUUCCCUAAUUUACUGUAAAUCUUAAUAUACAUAUGUUACUAAAAGCAAACAAAUUUGGGUUUUAAUCUUCGAUGUGUUAUAAUUCUUUUUUUAACGCAAAACAAUUUGUAAGCGCGUGUCGUCUUGUCGUGGAUAAAACUGCAAUUUAAGUAUUAUAUUUUUAAACCUAGAAUUUAUUCUAAAUAGACACAACCAUAGCGGUUGUGCAUUGUUUAGUUCGUUAUGUAAAUGUUAUUUCAAAUAGAUUUUUUUCUACA